CGGUGUAAUAGACACUGCCUUUUACUUUGCACAUUUUUUAUCUAAAAAUUACUUUAAGCAUCAUUUAUAAUAUGAAAAAGUGAUUUUCUCUGUUAAAUUUGUUUAACAUUCCAGUGUCAAUUCAUCAUCCAAGAACUUUUUAAUAUAAAAACAGAGCAUGCCUGUUAUUGAAGAAAUUGACAGUGGUAUUGAUGCCAAUAGUAGUUCUAACAGCAGAGAAGACUCUCCAACGAUAAAAAAGAAUAAUAUGGCUAACAUGAUUGAAGAUGACUUGGAUGAUAUUGAUGAAACUUUAAGUGAAAGACUUUGGGCUUUGACAGAAAUGUUCCCUGAACCUGUUAGGAAACUUACCUCUAAUCUUGUACAUGGCUCCGUAUCGGGUAUCAAAAACUUUUACAGACUUGGUCGUUCUACCAUGUGGGUCUUCUUCACAUCAUCUGCUAUUUUAGUUGCACCUGUUCUGUUUGAAAUGGAGCGCAUGCAGCUGGAAGAGGCACAGCGACAGCAACAAAGACAGAUCCUUUUAGGACCAAGUGCUGCUGUAUCUGGUGGAGGAGGAGGUAUGCACAGUUUAGGAAUGCCAAUGCCACCCCAUAUGGCUCAUAGAUAAAUUGUAUUAUAAUUAAAAAAAGAAAAACUCAUUGCAUCAUUGAGAUAGUCAAUUUGUGUGUUUGCUUGUAGACUGUGUAUCCACUAUGUAUGUAUAAUAAAUGAUUUGAUAGCAAUCAUA